AAGAAGGGAUUUCCAAUGGGUUACCUGAUGUUGAUUCUGUGUUUUAUUUUACCAGAAAGUCGGGUUUGGAAGCAUUUGAUAUUAGAUUUGAUGAGCAUGCACCAAAAGUGGCAUUACCACAAGGUAUGACGGUGCCGGUGAAUUGAUUUAAUACCAUGUAUCAUUCAUCAGCAUUUUGGGCUUUGAUGCUUCCUCUUUCUGUUAGCACCAUGGCUUCUGAUGUUUUGAGGGGUUACUGGGGACAGAGGCUUUUGUGGGAGAUUGGUGGUUAUGUUGUUGUUUAUCCACCCACAAUUCAUAGGUAUGAUAGAAUUGAGGCAUAUCCAUUUUCAGAGGAGAAGGAUUUUCAUGCGAAUGUAGGUCGUUUGAUCAAAUCUCCGGUAUCAUGGAGGUCAAACAAGUAUGGAUUGUUUGACAAGAUAUUGGAAUUAAGCUAUGCUAUAGCAGAAGAGGGGUUUUGGAUCGAGAAGGAUCUCAAGUUCACUGCUGCUUGCCUUCAGGACUUGCUUGCUGUGGGGUAUCAGCAGCCAAAGCUGAUGUCAUUGGAAUUGGAUAUGGGCAAAUAUUGGUCAUGGGCUGUCACCGAGGACCCAACGAAUCGUCACUUCAGGGAAGCCACCGCCAGAGAGCAACUUCAGAAUCCCUUCGGCGGCGCACGUGAUUUGAACCUUCGCGCUUCUUCAUUAACUUCUCGAGAUUUGCUGCCAGUUUUUCUCAACUCCGACGGAGUGUUUGCUCAUGCGCUUAAGAUCACGCUAGAGCUGCUUAACAAGCAAAGUAAUCAAUACUGUACUGACAUAUCCACCAUCGCCACCAUCACCUCCAUUCUUUCAUCUUGGAUCUUCACCAUCCCCUUGCUGAUCAUCACUCUCAUCACCAUCACCCUCACCCUCACCCUCACCAAUCACCAAGCAGCCAUAAUAAAAUAAAAAAUAAAAAAAAAAAGAAACCAAAGAAGACGAAGCAGAUCUAGACGCAAGCCCCCUUGGGGACUCCGAUCUUGACAAUCUUCUUGCAUCUCAUCAUCAUCACAGCCUCCACCUUCAUCACCGGUAAUCACCAAAGCAGAAGGGUUCGACAGCCACCA